CUCAACUUUGUAUUCUGCGUCAUUAGCCAGCUAAACAGCGAUGGUGUUUUGGUGUCUUGUUCUGGUGUUUGCUCUCUCCGCCCUUCCCCUUGCGGAUGGGAGGAGAUGUCCCUCCCCACCCCCGGGCAUCAACAAGAUGAGACGAGGGGUGGAUGUAACAACCCUAGAUCUUUUGCCGCUUGAUCUGACGACUAGCAAUCCUGAUGGAUUCAAGAGACCGAUUAUUGACUUCACCUGUAAUCUGAACCUUACCUGGACCGAUCGUAAAAAGAACACAUACGAUCUCCCAGAUCAAAUAUGGGACAUACUCAGCGUGCCGGGAGGUUGGUCACAUGCUAACGAAAAGAUCUUUAAGAACUAUAACGAAGUGAAAAGGACAAUGGCAGCAAGUGCUGGAAUCAGCGUGAGUUUUAUGUUUGGCAUGUUUUCAGCCAGUGGGUCGUACACCAAGAUGCAACACACUCUUACACGUACAUCCCAGUAUAUUGAGGAAGUAUCAGCUUACGACGCGGCCUUGAAGAUUGACUUUCUACCAGCAUUUGACUUGAAGACCAGUAGGUACUUCAAACACUUUAUUGACAGGCUUUCAACAAACUUUACGAGUAAUCCGUCAUCUUAUUUUAGAUUUAUUCGUUACUUUGGCACUCAUUAUUUUACGUCCGGUAACUUCGGUGGAGCCAUAAAACUGCACAUUGAAACCAAAUCAAGCUACUACGAUGGGAAGACUACCAGAGAUGUACGAGCUCAAGCCAAGGCAUCAUUUCUCAGUCUGGUGAAAAUUAGAGGCAGCGGUUCCAGUUCUAGCAGCCAGAUUGACAGGAACUUCAAGAAAUCUUCAACUGAAUCUCUUAAGUACUUCGGUGGUGAUGUCAAUCUGCUUUCAAAAGGUCUAACAACUUGGCAACCUACAGUCAUAACAAACCCAUGGCUCUUUUCGGGGGAAAUAGCUCCUCUCAGUGACUUUGUUGAGGAUGCGACCAAAAAGAAGUCCUUCGAUCGUGCGGUAAGUAGCUAUAUCAACAAGGCCAACCUCCGGGAAAUCGAGCGACUUUUGAUUGCAUCAGCAUCAUUCAGUGGCGUACAAUCACUUCUCACACGAGUAAGAGCAGAACUGAAAAAGAUUGAGCCAACCCAGAGCAUUGUGGACCAGCUUGGCAAAGAAGUUGCACUGGAUUUUCAAGUCCCUUCGUGGUUUACCGAGGACCUACAGUUAUGCUUCAAGUGGUAUGCAGAUGGAGAUGCUGGUCAGUGUGGUGGAGGGGUUGGUAGACUCCUAUGUGCACCACCUGGACGAAUGACUCAAGUCUACAGAGAUGACACUGACAGAAGGGCAGGAGGAUGUAGAAUGAGUUGGGGACUCAUUCCGAAAAGUAAGACGCAGCCAUUGUGGUUCCAUUCAGUAAAACUCUGCUACAGAUGGUAUGCUGAUGGAGAUGCUGGCAGUUGUGGAUACUCACGAGACACCUACUGCGCAUCCUUUGGAACAUAUACUAGAAUAUACAUGGAUGACACCGACAGGCGACCUGGUGGAUGUCGAAUGUCCUGGAAGCUGUCUGUUGCCAGCACAUCCCCGAAGUGGCUGAAGAAUGCCAAGCUGUGCUACAGUUGGUAUGCUGACGGUGACGGUGGUCAGUGCGGUGGAGGGGUGGCUCAAGAUCUCUGCGCCAAGGCCAACCAGUGGACGACGUAUUACCGGGACGACACUGAUAGACGGCCUGGGGGAUGUCGGAUGAGCUGGGGCAUCAAACUAUGAUGACUCUAGUCCAUUGGCUUCAAAUUACAACGUGUUUGUUUUCACGCUCGUAUUAAUAAAGCCACAA